AUGAUUAAUGUAUUUAAUAAUCUUCGUGUUUUAAUUUUUAUUUGGCCUACUAGUCCUGCUGAAUCUAUUAAAAAAAUAAAUAGUAUAAUGAUUAAAUGUAAAGAUACGGAUAAUUCAAAUUUUGUGGCCAAUUUUAAUAGUAAUGUAGACGAUGUGGAAGGAAACGGGGAAUUUAAAUCAACAAAUUAUGUGAAAACUUUAAUUUGCCCGAAUGGUGAAUAUACUUUAUUGGUUGAUUACAAGGUUAGGAAAAAAUAUUAAUAGUUUAUAUCUGCUCAAAUUCAAAUCCACUAAUAUGUAUACCCGUUAUUUCCCUACAUUCCGCAAAGAGACUGCGCAGUUUUCAUCCAUUUUUUGAAAUAGAAG